ACUGCCCGUGUCCGCUCCAGCUGAGAGCGCGAGGACUAUCGGUGGUGGUGGACGUCGCGCGGCCCAAACAGACCGAAGCCCGUGCGAAGAUCCACCGGAUGCAAAAAAAAAGUGCAGACAGAGAGAGAGGAAACGUCCCCCUCCUCCCCCCGACGGACAGCAGAGCGCGACAGCCGCGAAGAGAAACACCAAUACAACUUGUCAUCUGACCAACGCAGUCACCGCUCUCGUCGCUGUGUGCGGUUUUUUUUUGUUGCACACUGUUUCGCCUCGGUUGUUUUGUUUUGACGGAGGUUUGCUUUAUUGCAACUAUUUAGGGAUCUUCUUUUUGAUUGUCGGACGGUUCAAUUGGGAUAUAAUUCUACAAGUUUUAAUUGUAACAUUUUCCCGUUUGUGCAGUGAGCGGGUUUCACAGUCAUUUUGACGUCUUUGUAUUUUCAUUGUGGACAAUAUUCUUAAUUAAAUGGUCUGACUGCCGCUCCUACAUCGCUUAUCAUAGAGUAACAGCUUGAUCUACUGGAGAACAUUUAACCGCAAUGGAAUAUUUCGAUGAAAACAUUUCUGCAAGGCAAUAAGGAACUCUGCACAACGUCAAGUAAAAGUCAUACAGCAUUCCUGUCCUAUUGGUAGGCUCUCUGGUCAGUUCGCCACGCCCCUUUGAGUGCCCCCAGUAUCUUUCUACGACCACAUCUGGCCCAGGAUGUCCAGGCAGCUCUCCCAGCUUCCGAACCCCGACGUCCCAGCUGGUGCAAGUGCACAAUUUGGAAGUUGUACUCAGCCUGCAGGCUCCCUCACAGGGGGGCAUCUCACCUCUAUGGCGGGUCUUAAAUCCCUCCUGCAGCACCCCAUAAAGGGAGACCAACGUUCAAAACCCCCAUGUGAAGUAAAAGACAAAGAGAGGCAGGACGAUGAUGAGGACUCAAUGGGAGUGUGCCCCAUGAGGAGUGGGAGUGGAAUAGCCAACAAUACUAGCAGUAAUGACUGUGGAGGAGGUGGUGGAAUUGGAGGAGGAAAUUUUAACCAAUUCUUGGGGCCCCUCUUGUGGGAUCGCACCCUGUCUGCAGAUGGGGGCCUCUUCCAGCUUCAGUACAUGGACUUGGAGGAGUUUCUGACCGAAAAUGGAAUGGGAAGCAUGCAUAACACCAACAGCUCCAGCUCAGCCCAGAUCCCCUCGCAGAGCUCCCAGUCAGCUGUGCCCAAUCAGAGCUCCCAGUGCCUACCGCCCUCAUCCCCACCUGGCUCUUUAUCUUCAUCGCCGUCUUCCUCUUCUUCCCCAUCGCUUAUUGGUCUGGAGGUGGUUCAGCCACAAAGCCUUGGAGGGGGAAAUGACUGUUUGCAUGGGAGUCAGACGAGUAUGAACGACUCCUGUGAGUCUCCCUGUUCUUCCUCCUCGUCCUCCUGUCCACCUCUACUCACUCCCACGGACAGCGGACCCGAUGGGCAGGGAAUGUUUGACAUGGAUUCUUCGGACAUGGAUAUGUCCGGCCAGCCGAACUACGACCCCAGGAGGCACUCUUUCAGUGAAGAGGAGCUCAAGCCACAGCCCAUGAUCAAGAAGGCCCGCAAGAUCCUGGUGCCUGAUGGCAUGAAGGAUGAGAAGUACUGGACCAGAAGGUAUAAAAACAAUGAGGCAGCAAAGCGUUCUCGAGAUGCUCGUCGUCACAAGGAGAACCAAAUAUCCGUGCGUGCCGCCUACCUGGAGAGAGAAAACGCCGCCCUCCGACAGGAAGUGGCGGAGAUCCGAAAGGAGCUUGGCCGCUGUCGCAGCAUCCUUAGUAAAUACGAGAACCGCCUCUCUGACCAGUGAUGAAGGCGUGCAGCUAAAUCAGGAAGAGGAGGAAUAUAACCUGGAUAACAUUUAUGACUUUUUGGGGUGGCACAAUGGACAGAAAUUUGGUCAAGCAAAUGAUGAUGAGGAAGAUGAUGAUUAUGAUGAUGAAUGUAUAAGACAAGGAGAAGGUUUGUGUAUCGAAGCUCAGGUGUCUUGUUUUGUUGAGGUGUCAGCUCUUAAAAGUGAAAGGUGGAGAGAGUAAUUUAACAGAUGAAGAGAUGUGACUUUUAAGAGUUUUGUUAUUGGAGAAUUGUAUAUUUUUAUAAUACAUAAGAAAAAUUAGAGGGAGAGCAAAUUUGGAGGAUAAUUUUGUAUAUUUUCUACAUAGAGACAGGGGGAAAGCUAUGGUAAAUAUCUUUUUAUUAUAGGUGAGUCAGGAGAUGUUUAACAAGUGGUCAGCCAUCGAUGGGUAUUUUUCGUCUUGAUUACUUUAGUCAGGAUGCAGCAGCAGGGGCAAAGACUCAUGUAACAAUUGUAAUAUAGAGAGCAAAAAGUAUCUUAUAAUCGUAUAGUUCAACAUUUUUGUGGAUUUUAUUCAAGCACUUAAUUAUUUUCCUGUAUUAUUUCUGUCACUUGGGAUGGGCAUGCUAGAGGGAGACAAAAUAAGAGGACAAGGCGGACACCAUGUAUACAGUCCUGCACUAUCAACACUUGUCUCGUGAGUCUUUUUAUAUAUAUCUAUUUGAGUUCCCCAACAAUAUAAGUUCUUUGUACUUUGAGCUUCAUGCAAUUGGUACAUUGUUCUCCAGUCCAUACUCUUAUCUUUGACCCCAUCUCCAUUUCUCUAUCCCAGUCGAGUGCUUUUAUAGUACUCUGGUGUCUCAGAUAAACUGGUAAAAGCCUGUUGUUGUGCCCCAGGUCUCUAUUCUCCCUCUUUAUCCUCUCCUUUGAAUCGUUGGGACAUUUUUCUUCCUCUUUUCUAUAUCCCACUGCUCUAUUUCUGCUCUCACUUAUAGCCAAUCCUCUCACAGUUACGUGCAAACUCUUCCCAUAACAGUUUAUCCCUGAGUUUCUCUUGUACUGCUGCGGUAGUAGAGCAGUUAUAUCUCAGUGUUGUAUUGUACUCGGAAAUAGUAUCAAUCUGCCCUGUAAAACGCACUUCGUUACUUUACUGUUCUUGAUGAACACACUUUAAUCAGCAUUACUAUAGGGGGAGAAAGGUUGUUGUAUAUUGGAUAGGCCUAUACUGUCUUGUGUAUGUGAUGUAUUCCAGGAGAUGGGCUGAUAACCCCCAUUGAUUGGAACAGAGUUAAAUUCUCAGAUUUCUGGGAGAAAUAAAAGCCAAAAUGUCCUAUCUUGAUCCACAAAAGCUUGUUGCUAUUUAGUGCUAUUUUCAAUACUGCUCCUUCCUUACUGUUUACUCCUGUUAUUACUCUUUACUUUUUACUGUAUCUAAAAACUUCUCUGUGCAUCCACAACACCUUCACAGGGGGCAUGGUACACUAUGUUAUGUUCCUGGGCAAGAGAUGACUAAUAUUGGUGUGAUUUUAUUCCCCUCAAUGACCAUGAUGAAUAGUAACGAUUACUGCUAUUAUUAUUAUUAUUAUUAUUAUUAUUAUUAUUAUUGUUAUGAUUAUAAUGAUUAUCCCUUUUGUUGUGGCUGUUCUAUAUUAUUGAAUGAUUUUCUUUCUUUUGAUGAUCUGUUGCAAUUUGAAACACCUUUGAUCUUCAGUUUUCCUAAGAAAGACAAUUCAAAUGGAAAAAACCCCUCACUCUGCUAUUUGCAUCCUGUCUCAGACCUCCAGUCAUUACUCUACAGACACUACUGCCACCUAGGUUUCUUUGACCAUGGACUUCACAAGCGUGGCUCGAUAACUUGAAUAUGACGUUCAUGCUGACUUACUUUACCUUUCGACCUCUUCGGUUCCCCGGCGGUGUACGGACUAUGCACACUUUCAAUAUGCUCCUUGUUCGUUUAUUUCACCCUUUAUCACCUCAGUCAGUGAUUGUUUGCUCUCCCAACAGGAUUUAGUCUCUAAUAUCCUCACAGAUGUGGAAUCUUUUAGUGACUCGAAUUGAACUACAACUUCCCUGCUGCAUCAGUGGUGUCCAUGUUGGCCCACUCAGUGCUGGUUAUUUGGAUGUAGUUGAGAUUUUUCCAAAAACACCAAUAAAAGAUUGUUCUCAUUCA